AAAAAAUGAACAAGGUUGGGCAGUUAUGGUAGUGCACGCCUGUAAUCCCACUACUUGGGAGGCUGAGGCAGGAGGAUCUUGAGUUCAAGACCAGCCUGGACACUACACACAGUUCAAGGCUGGCUCACACUACAUAUCCAGACCCUGUCUUGAAAAAAAUAAAAAAUAGGCCCCACUCUGCGACCCAACCAAAACAGAUGGCAAUCCAGUUUCAACCUGGGUUUUGCAGGGCACAGCUGCAUUGCACUCCAAGUGGGCGCUGCGGUCUCAGGCCGCCGGAGUGGAUGGACCGUGUGCGCACCUCCAGCCCUGGUUCUCCCUCUGACAGGCUCUCUAGGAUGGCGUCCCUGAGGGAAGCCAGCUUUCCUGGGAGCGGGCUCUUUGACCUCAGCUCCAGCUCCCUGGAUGAACCCCGGAUGGAGGACCUGGGACUCCUGGGCUUUGGCUCACGCCCCGCCCAGGCUGCCACCAUGGCUAGCAGGUUCCUAAAGCGAGAACGAAGUGCGGUUGCGAAACACUUCUCCGCCCCACCGGGGCUGCGAUCUGCCAAGCUUCCCGCCCCCACCCUGGGGGCCACCGGGGCACAGACCCGAGCCAGCGUCGUACUCAUGAAGGCGGCACAGAUGGAAACCAAGAUCCUGGGCCGGGCCAAGGCGCGCACGACACAGGGAGACGCGGAGUCUGAGCCCGAGACUGCGAGCGAAGGUCCCCGGCGGAGAGAAGAGGACGUGGCCGGCGGGGGCGCUGCCUCCCUGACCUUCCAGGCGCGAACCCUGGAGGCCUGCACGGCUGAGAGCCCAGCGCCAGGCAGGGAGGGCAGGAGGUUCCUGAAGACCAAGGGACCAGCCGCCCGAGACAGGGCCCCCCAGACUCCCGGGAACGAAUCGGCCCCGAAGCCGCGCGCUCCGGACAGCGAAGCAGAGAAGACGCCGGUGCUGGGGAGCCCGGCGGAGUCUUCCAGAGCAGGACCACACAGCUGUGUGGGGCUCCCCAGUGAUAAGGAUCAGAUCUGGACUCGGCAGAUCCCUCCCAGAGUGAAGCCUCCUCCAACAUGGCGCCCACCACUCUCAGGGUUACACAAGGUCCCUCAGACCCACGUUCCCAGGGACCCUACCCCCCAUGCUGCUUUGCUACCCAUCUCCAGCCCCUUGGUGCAGCCAGUAUCCUCCACAGAGGUGCACAGCCAGCUUGCCUCCUACCCCAGAAGGAACAUCGCAGGGCCCGGCAAGGAGGUGGCCUCAGACACGGGUGAUGACGACCAGGACAGCGACAGCCUUGACGAUUUUAGGGUAAAUAUUUUGUCACUUGAUGAUCUGGCUGCAGCUGUCAGUGACUCUAACUCGGGACAGAAAGGUGCUGGCGCACUGGGAGAAGAUUCCUCAGGCAGCAGCCUCACAGCCCUGGCACCUACCAGUCCUCAGCCUCAGAGUUCAGGGUCUCCAGAUGUAGCCAUCUCUGGGCCUCAGGACUGGGGCAUCUCCCCCGGGAGCGAGAGCAAGAGUGAGAGUGAGGUCGUGGAGCAACUGGGCAGCAGCGUGUGCAGCACAAAGCCAGAGUCCUCAAGCACAGCCUACUCUGCGGACUUUGAGCCUGCAUCGUGGUCCUCUGAGGCCCCUGAUGGGAUGCUGAACACCGUGUCCUGCAGCACAGGGACAGAGCCACCCACCAUGUCGGGGCAGCCACAGGCCAGGCUCCGAGCAAGGGUCACACGGAGGGAGAUGGCUGUGCAGACCCUGGAUGCCACCCCUGCCAGCCUGUGGACAGAGGCCAUUGGCCUGGCCUUGGGAGGCACCUACGUGGACCCUGCACCCAUCGUCCCGCACACGGUCAGCACAGACGCCUUAGAAGCCCUGACAGCCCACAGUCCAGCCCUGGUGGCCCUCGACGACCUGCUGAGGCAGCAGCUACACCUGACGCAGCAGUUCAUCCAGGCCAGUCGCCACCUACAUACAUCGCUGUUGCAGGCGCUGGACAGGGAUGCCUUCCACUACCACAGCCUAGAGGAGGCCAGGAAGUACAUCCAGGACCACAGGCCUCGCCUGUGGAGCACAGUGAACGCUGCACAGGAAGCAGAGGAGUCAUGAGCGCUGGGACAGACUCGGGGCCUCACCAGCGACACCUGGGGCACUAUGGAGGAGAGGAACCCCAGGUCGCAGUAAUGACUGGCCCAGGGGACGCCGGGCCACACAGCCAAGAUCCAGCUUUAGAAAAGGGCUUUAUUGGAAGGCAAAACAGUAAAACCCAGAAGGAAGUGUGAACAA